UGUCGCUACGGCCUGUUUUCUAAUAUCGUAGAUAUCUUUAGUAACUGCUAUCCAGUUAGCCUGCUCGUUAGCCGUGUUAGCAUCUGUGUUAUAAAGCUUCGAUCAAACUACAAACUAGGUCUAGAAACGUCUGUUAGUUUCUCAAUUCGAAAAAGGUUUCGUGUUGUUGUUUAUAUAAAUUAAUAUAUACAGUGUUUACUAUCAUGUAGUUACGAAGUUUUACGCUAGAGCAGGAUUUUUGUGGUACUAACAAAGUAAUUCUUGAAGCAAUACUAGUAAUUAUCAAUGAUAACAUGAGUUUUUACAAUCGGUCGGCCGUUUAGUUCACAAAUUGCAAAAAAAAAUGUGUCGUCGAGGAACUGGGAAACCGGAAAAUUAACCUGUUCAAAGAAUUGAGUUCACACAAAAGGUUCAUAAUUCUUUGAACAUUUUCAAAUUAAGGAGGACAAGAUUUGUCCUCUCUUGUAGUCGUACUAGGCGAGAUUAGGCAUAACUAUGUCCAUUGAGCUUAAUACCUUGUCCUUUUUUGCCAUAUAGUAGGAUUAGGUUUUUAAAUCCCGAUUUCUAACCUUGGUGAUUCAUAGAGAGGGUUGCGCCAUGAAGUGCAUCCGGAGUAAAAACUGAGCAAGGACAGAGCAACAGGGGUUUUCUUCUGCACUUUUUUUUUAUGGAAGAGAUGUCAGGAGAGAGUGUGGUGAGCUCGGCAGUGCCAGCAGCUACAACAAGGACUACAUCCUUCAAGGGCUCCAGCCCCAGCUCUAAAUAUGUGAAACUAAAUGUUGGCGGGGCUCUGUACUACACUACAAUGCAGACACUGACUAAACAAGACACAAUGCUCAAAGCCAUGUUCAGUGGCAGGAUGGAAGUCCUGACAGACAGUGAAGGUUGGAUCUUAAUUGAUCGCUGUGGGAAACAUUUUGGAACAAUCCUAAACUACCUUAGAGACGGCGCAGUUCCACUUCCAGACAGCAGACGAGAAACUGAGGAACUGCUCGCAGAGGCCAAGUAUUACCUUGUCCAAGGCUUAGCCGAUGAAUGCAGUGCUGCCCUUCAGAACAAGGAAACAUAUGAGCCUAUGUGUAAAGUCCCUUUGAUGACAUCAUCCAAGGAGGAGCAAAGGCUAAUUGCAACAUCAAAUAAGCCUACGGUGAAGCUGCUGUAUAACAGAAGCAACAACAAGUAUUCAUAUACCAGCAAUUCAGACGACAACAUGCUGAAAAACAUUGAGCUGUUCGACAAGCUGUCGCUGCGGUUCAACGGCCGCGUUCUCUUCAUUAAAGACGUGAUUGGAGAUGAGAUCUGUUGUUGGUCGUUCUACGGCCAGGGUCGUAAGAUUGCUGAAGUUUGUUGCACCUCAAUUGUUUACGCUACAGAAAAGAAGCAAACGAAGGUUGAGUUCCCUGAGGCACGCAUCUAUGAGGAGACUCUCAACAUCCUCCUGUAUGAGUCUCACGAUGGCAGAGGUCCAGACAAUGCACUGCUGGAGGCCACAGGGGGAGCUGCGGGACGAUCUAGUCAUCUAGAUGAGGACGAGGAGCGAGAACGAAUUGAACGAGUUCGUAGGAUUCAUAUCAAGCGACCUGAUGACCGCACACACCAUCACCAGUGACCCUCCUGGAUCAACCUGUGUUUUUGACCCAUUUUCUUUUUCACCACGCUUGUGCCUUACAUCACCUAGCGCCUCUUUUUGAUCACUUCUCUCCCCCUCUUUAUUUUGACCAGCACUCUUAAAAAGACUUCUAGGAGAAGCCAUGCAACAGUGUGUAGUGCUGAUGUGCAGGUUUUUGUUGUGUGAUGUGGCAGGCUGUGGUGGUUGAGUCACAGUCACUCCUAUCACCGUUCUCUAAUGGUGUGCUGAAGCUCAUGUACAUGGAUUUGUGCAGUUGUUUGUUCCAGUUCCAAUAUCAAUAGAUCAUGUGAAAACUACACUUUUGCAGAUACCCAACACUGAUAUUUUUACAAUGACAUGGUGCCCCCUGCCUCUGUAAGACAAUCAGGAACCGAAAUUAACACACCGCCUAUAACUGUUGUUUAGAAAUUAUCCUUCUUAUAAACAUGACCAAACAGAACAUAUUCUGAAAUACUAUGGAUAGUCUUCUUAUUCUGCCACAAUUUGUAGAGGAAGAGUAAGAGCAGUUUCAUGGUUUAGGGAUUUAACCUGUGUCCUCUGUGUUUCUGAUCGGAUUUGAACUUAAAUCUCUAAACGUAAUUUUUGACACCGUUUCAAAUUAACUGCUUCAGGCACGGACACACAUGCAGUGCAACUGUACAUGUAGAUACACUUAGAUAUAAAAAAAAAGGUAAUAAAGGUUAACACUAUAUGUUUAUCAACACCAGUCCAUUUUAAGUUAAGCAAAGCAGAACGUAGGAAUGGUAUUGCGUUAGCAGCUAACAAAUUCACAAGAUGUUGCUAAAAACCUUCAGUAUACCUUUCUUAUCCCUGAUAGAUACACAGUGGCCAUCAAUGGAUGAAUCUUAAUGCUGUAAACAAUGAAGCCACUUGGUGGCAGUGUUUUACUCUUAGGUGUUGUCAGAGCUGUGUGGCCUGAUGACCAACAUUAAAUACUAACACAUUAACAUUAAAAAUCGAUGGAUUUUAGUUUAGUGCUUCUGUUAUAUUUACAUUUAAUGUUCAUAUAUUCUCACACCUAAUUAAAAUGAUUUUGACUUGGA